CUGAACCUGUUCGUGCUUUUUUUUUUCUCUGGCUCUCCCAGCUCCCUCCAUUUCCUGCAGGUGGAUAACCGGCCGUGCUCGCUGUUGCCCUCCACCUGCUUCCCCUACGCCACCGAGGCGGCUAGCUUCCUGCGCGCCGCCAUCCGGCUGCAGCCGCCCGCGUUCCCCGUCCUGCCCGAGCUGACCGCCGUCAUCGGGCUGAGGGGCCUCCGGGAGGAGAUCGGGACCAGGGAGGAGGAGGAGGAAGACCAAGCCCCAGCCCCGGAGCCGACCCCGGCCUGGAUCUGGGCGGUGGUGGCCGUGUCCAUCGGGCUGCUGCUGGUUUUGCCCCUGUCCGUGUUCCUGGUGACGCGUCGUCUCCGGGGGCGACGCCCCAGCCCCGGAGCCGACCCCGGCCUGGAUCUGGGCGGUGGUGGCCGUGUCCAUCGGGCUGCUGCUGGUUUUGCCCCUGUCCGUGUUCCUGGUGACGCGUCGUCUCCGGGGGCGACGGUCCGAGAGGGGCGUGGCGAGGCGGAGAUCAAAGGCCUGUGCGUGGACGCGUGCGUGACGCGGGCCGUGCGCGUGCUCCAGCUGUCCCCGCUCCUGCUGCCCCACCCGCUCCUCGCGCUGUGGGGGGGCGCGCUGGCCCGCGCAUGCGCGCUGGGCCUGGUCCCGUGGGGGGGGCGGGUCGGCUGGGAGAGCCUGGCCGUCCUCUGCCUGCACUACCCGGCCUACAGCAGCCUGCUGUGGGCCAUGGGCCGGCCCAUUAUGGAGCAGCUGUGGGGGUGGCACUCCUGGGAGAGGCUGUUCCAGGGCUACGCCGUGACGGCGGUGGCCCGGCUCUACUGGAACCGAGCAGCUGCCUGGAUGACCAAGGGGGCGGGGCCUCCGGGAAAGGGGGCGGGGCCUCUUGGGAAGGGGGCGGGGCCUGACCCGGCGGCCUCCCUGAAGCGGUUGCUAGGAUACAUGAGGCCGCACGCCGGGCGCUUCGCCGCCGUGCUGACGCUGGUCGUCCUCUCCUCCUACGGGGAGAUGGCCGUUCCUAAGUACACGGGUCACAUGGCCGACUGGAUAAACCAGGACGCCCCCGACGCCUUUUCUCAGGCCAUCACCGUCAUGACCCUGCUGACCGUUGCCAGCGCGGUGCUGGAGUUCGUGUGCGACCUGAUGUACAACAUCACCAUGAGCCUCAUCCACACCUCGGUGCAGGCCGCCGUCUUCCAGGCCGUGCUGAAGCAGGAGAUCGCCUUCUUCGACGCCUCGCCCACAGGGGAGCUGGUGUCCCGCAUCACCACGGACACCAACGACAUGUCGGAGGCGCUGAGCGAGAAGCUGAGCCUGCUGAUGUGGUACUCGGCGCGCUUCGGCUUCCUGCUCUACUUCAUGCUCAGCCAGUCCUGGCAGAUGACCCUGCUGACCUGCAUGGGCCUGCCCAUCAUCUGGGUCAUCCCCGAGCUGACCGGGCACUUCCACCAGACGAUAGCCGCCCGGGUCCAGGAGUCGCUGGCCAAGGCCAACCAGGUUGCCACGGAGACCUUCUCCUGCAUGAAGACGGUGAGGAGCUUCGCCAACGAGGACGGCGAGACGGAAAAAUACCGGCGGCGCCUGGAGGACACGUACGGCCUCAAGAAGCAGGAGGCGGCGGCCUACGCAGCCUCCACCUGCGCUAACAGCAUGACCACGCUGGCCCUGAAGGUGUGCAUCCUGUACUACGGCGGGACGCUGGUAACCAUGGGAACCGUCAGCAGCGGCGAGCUGGUUUCCUUCGUCCUCUACGAGCUCCAGUUUGCUUCUGCUGUGGAGGCUGUCAUGCGUUACUACCCGGAGGUGAAGAAAGCCAUCGGGGCCUCUGAGAAGAUCUUUGAGUACCUGGACCGGGAACCUCGGGCCCCCCCCUCCGGUUCUCUGGCCCCGGAACACCUCACCGGACACGUCCAGUUCAGGAACGUUAAGUUCUCCUACUCCGGGAAAACGGAGGAAAACUCGCUCGUGCUAAAGGACGUGUCCCUGGAGGUGAAGCCGGGCCAGGUCACGGCCCUCGUGGGGCUCAACAGGUCGGGGAAGUCCACCUGCGUAAAACUGCUGGAGCGGUUCUACCAGCCGCAGGCCGGGGAAAUCCUAUUGGACGGGAAGCCUCUGCACAGCUACCGGGACGACUACCUGCACCAGCAGAUUGCCGUGGUGAGCCAGGAGUGCGUGCUGUUCGCCCGCUCCGUAAGGGAAAACAUCACCUACGGCUACGAGAACGCGACCGAUGAGGAGGUUUACCGGGCCGCCCGCAUGGCCAGCGCCCACGGCUUCAUCCAGGAGCUGUCCAGCGGCUACCACACAGGUGGGACACAUUUAUUUAUUUAUUUAUUCAAUCAGGACAGUGCACAUUAA